AUCGUAUAUACAUCAAUUCUCAUCUUGAUCAUCUAUUCAUCAUGCCAGUCUUUAUCUGGCUUUUCUUUACUCUUUCAUUGACGACUUGCAAUGCGGAAAUCGCAGUCCCUAAUAAUAUAUCUUCACCUCCUAACUCCCGCUCAACACCACCAAAUGUUACUUCCCACGUUUCGAAUUUCAAAUUUGAAGUCAUUCAACCCCCACCUGGCUAUGAAGAAUGGGUUUCACCACUCGUAUUACCCGCUCCCCCUCAGGAUGGAUCUCAAGGCUGGUCAAAUGCUCUAAAACGCGCAAAAGAAUUUGUCUCUCAACUUACAAUUGAAGAAAAAGUAAACUUAACCACCGGAGCAGACACCACAGGCAGAUGUGUUGGUGAAACAGGUACAAUCCCAAGAAUGGGAUUCAAUCAACCUAUCUGUUUACAAGAUGCACCAGUAGGAGUUAGAUACACAGAUUUAGCUUCUUAUUUUCCGGCUGAAAUUAGUGUGGCUGCCACUUUUGAUCGAGGAUUGAUGCGAAAGCGGGGGAUAGCUCUUGGUGCUGAAUUUGCUGGUAAAGGUGUUAAUGUUGCUUUAGCUCCUAUGAUGAACUUGAUGAGAGCACCAGAAUCGGGAAGAAAUUGGGAAGGUUUUGGUGCGGACCCUUUCUUAUCAGGUAUAGGAUCAGUAGAAACAAUCCUUGGUAUGCAAUCACAGAAUGUGUCUGCCUGUGCCAAACAUUACCUUGGUAAUGAACAAGAACACUAUCGUGGUGGUUCGGCUUCAACAGCUUCAAGUUCAAACAUGGAUGACCGCACAUUGCGCGAAGUUUAUGGAUGGCCUUUUGCCGAAUCUGUGCGAGCUGGGGUGGACUAUGUGAUGUGCUCUUAUAAUCGAGUAAAUCAAACCCAAACUUGCGAGAAUUCAAAAUUGAUCAACGGAAUUCUUAAGGGUGAACAACGAUUCCAAGGUGUACUCGUAUCAGAUUGGGCUGCAUCGAUCUCCGGUGUACGUGCGGCGCUAGCGGGUUUGGAUAUGAACAUGCCUGGCUUCAUUGCUUAUGGUAAUGCCUCGGAACCCAACCCAGCUCAGUCCAAUUCAUCAUACUGGGGACUUCGACUCAUAGAAGCUGUCCGAAAUGGAUCGGUCCCAAUUACGCGUCUAGAUGACAUGGCUCAGCGUAUCAUCUCGACUUAUUAUAAGAAUGGUCAAGAUCUCGCAUCUUUCCCUCGUCUCAACUUCCGAUCUAUCGGUCAAGGAACAGAUGCCGAACAAGCGGCCGAUAACAAACACGUCAAUGUUCAAGCCGAUCACUACAAAAUCAUUCGAGAGAUCGGUUCUGCUUCCAUUGUCCUUUUGAAAAACGUCAACAAGACCUUACCUUUGCCUUCACCUGCUCACAUCGAAUCCAUUGCGAUCCUCGGGGAAGAUGCUGGCGACAAUCCAAACGGAGCAAAUGGAUGCGUUGAUCGUGGUUGCAAUAUUGGUACCUUAGCUGGAGGUUGGGGUUCAGGUACGGCUGAAUACCCUUACCUUGUAACCCCAGCCACAGCCAUUGAAGGCUAUGUUCGAGCCGGAAAUCCGAAUAUCAAGGUCAACAAGGUCUUGAAUGAUACCAAUGUCGAUCAAAUCACUAAAGUGGCUUCCGAAUCCCAAGUUUCACUCGUCCAUGUCAAUGCUGAUUCUGGAGAGGGUUAUAUCACUGUUCAAGGAAAUGUAGGAGAUCGUAACGAUCUGAACUUAUGGGAGAAUGGUGAUGCAAUCAUCUUGAAGGCUGCCGCGGUCUGUUCAAAUGUUAUUGUUAUCAUACAUGCUGUUGGGCCGGUGAAUAUGGAAGCGUGGAUCAAUAAUCCGAAUGUUACAGCUGUGGCUUUUGCCGGCUUACCAGGUCAAGAGAGUGGAAAUGCUGAGGUGGAUAUCUUGUGGGGGAAGGUUAACCCAAGUGCUAGACUACCUUUCACAAUUGGCAAGAGUUGGAAAGAUUACCCAGCAAGCGUACUUUACAACUCCAGCAUGGUUAUCCCACAAAUCAACUAUCAGGAAGCACUAAACAUUGAUUACCGUCAUUUCGAUGUUCACAACAUACAGCCUCGGUUUGAGUACGGGUUCGGUCUCUCUUAUACGACCUUUAACUAUUCAAGCAUCAGCUACCAGAAAGUCGCCAAGUCUGCUGCCAGAAGCGGAAAAGUAGGCAACCACGACACUGCGCUAGUUGUUAACUUCAUGAUUCAAAACACUGGCUCGGUUGAUGGACACGAAGUUGCUCAGCUAUAUCUCGGCUUUCCAGCCAGCGUUCAGGAGCCCGUGAGGGUACUGAGAGGAUUUGAGCGUGUCAUGGUUAAAGCAGGUGGAAAAGUGCAAGUUUCGAUAAAGCUCAGGGUUAUCGAUAUUUCAAUUUGGGACGUGGUUCGUCAAGAGUGGGUAGUGCCUCAGGGAACUAUAAAAGUUUGGGUCGGAAGUAGUAGUCGAGAUCUUAAGCUUCAAACCGGUUUCAGCUUCUGAGACCUUUAAUAAUUCCAAGUGAUAGCAAAGCAUAAAUUUAUCUCAUCAUUAACAUCUUUCCUUGAACACUUUUUUUCGGUUUCUGAGACUCUUUAUAGUUGAUGGAAGACUUUAUUUGUUGAUAAGCGUUGGACAUAGAUUUUGACUUUGUUUAAUUGUCAUGUUUAACAUUAAUCCUUUUGCGUAGCAUUAAUUUGAGAAGAAUAACUUUGUGAAAUGCAACUUGCUUUCACUAGG